UCGACGUGCGCUCGUGGUCUCACGUUCCGCUCUCCGCCAGACGUCAGCCGUUACUUUUCGCCGUUGGUUGUGUGGCGCUCUGCUGCUUGCUAUGGUAUAAUUAAGAGCGAGAGUACGAUGCUUGCGACUGUGGUGUGCGCGCUGGCUGCGCUGAUCGCGCUGUGCCUGUAUGGGAGCCGCGCCCAUAACUACUGGCGGCAGCGCGGCGUGCGCCACAUGCGCCCGCUGCCCUUCUUAGGCACCUAUGGCAGCGUCUACUUGAUGCAGAAGAGCACCACUCAAGUCGCCACCGAUGCUUACUGUAGAUUCCCCGAAGAGAAAGUCGUCGGACAGUUCUGGGCAAGUAAGCCGCAGCUUCUCAUUAGAGAUCCAGAAAUCAUAAAACGAGUUCUCACAACCGAUUUCGCUCAUUUUUACCCUCGUGGACUGAAUCCUCAUAAAGAAGUUAUUGAGCCACUCCUGCGCAAUCUAUUCUUCGCCGAUGGCGACCUCUGGCGUCUACUACGGCAGCGAAUGACACCGGCGUUCACGAGUGGCAAGCUGAAGGCCAUGUUCCCACUGAUAGUUGAGCGCGCAGAGCGGCUACAGGUGCGCACACUGGCCGCCGCGCACUCCGGCCGCGAGCUGGACGCGCGCGAUCUCAUGGCGCGCUAUACCACAGACUUCAUCGGCGCCUGCGGUUUCGGGCUCGACGCGGACUCGCUCAACGACGAGAAAUCGGCGUUCCGGAAACUCGGUGCCCAAAUAUUUUCCUUUGGAGCCAAAGAAGUUUUCGUGGCAAUGAUGAAGGAGGUGUUUCCCGAGUUGUGCAAGCACAUGAAAUACUUGUCCCGAGUCGAAGGCGACAUAAUGGAUUUGGUUAAAAGUGUUCUGAAAAAUAGAAAUUACGAACCUUCAGGAAGAAACGACUUCAUAGAUCUACUACUGGAGUGCCGACAGAAGGGAACGAUAGUGGGCGAAUCGAUCGAGCGCAUGAGCUCGGAUGGCAGCGCGGCGCGCGCCGAGCUCGACCUCAGCGAUGAGCUGAUAGCGGCGCAGGUGUUCGUUUUUUUCGCGGCCGGCUUCGAGACCUCUUCGUCGGCGACCAGCUUUACGCUGCACCAGCUCGCCUACCACCCGGAGGUGCAGCGGAAGGUGCAGGAGGAUAUAGACGCGGUUCUCAGUAAACAUGACAACAAACUGUGUUACGACGCAGUGAAGGAGAUGACUUACCUUGAGUGGACAUUCAAGGAGGCUAUGAGAAUGUUUCCGUCCCUCGGUUUUUUGAUAAGAGAAUGCGCAAAAAAAUUCACAUUUCCCGAAAUCAACUUGACCAUCGACGAAGGAGUCGUGGUGAUGAUUCCAGUGCAGGCACUGCACAAUGAUCCCAAAUAUUUUCGCAAUCCGGAAGAAUUUAGACCGGAACGAUUCAGCCCCGAGGAAUUCCAAUCUGUAGAAAAAUUCGUGUACCUCCCGUUUGGCGCAGGACCGCGAGCUUGUAUCGGCGAGCGGCUGGGACAGAUGCAGUCGCUGGCGGGGCUGGCGGCCGUGCUGGCGGGCUGCUCCGUGGCGCCGGGGCCCAGCACGCGCCGCAGCCCACGCGUGAACCCCGCCUCUGACAUAGUGCAGAGCGUCCGUGACGGUCUUCCUCUGCGCUUCAUACCGCGAACACAAAAACCUUUGUAGCGACGUUCAGAGUAAGUAGAUUCUAGAGUUGAUGAUCAUUAGGUAUAUUUGAUGAAAGACGUUAUGUAUUAUCUAUGUUUCUGUGUGGGUAUAAUUAGAACUGAUAUCUAGAUAAGAGACGACUCCACUCAAACCGGCUGAUGACGUUACAGUUUGUGGUUUGUUGUGUGGGAUAGCGGAUUAAUGAAGAGUAUAUAAAUUAAAGCACACAGUACAGACUUAGAAGACAAACACACUUCAUAUCAACAUCCGACAGGUGCCGUUUUAGGGUGAGGUGUAGGCUGACGACUGUUUCGGCUCCUGGCCGCUGCCCCUGUUAACAACAAGUACAAAAUUCACCGCAGGAACGUUAACUUAUGUUACCUACUUUAAUGUUAUAAGGUUGUGAAAGUUACUGUAAAGUUCAGAACCGAAGAUUUACUGACUAGUUAUCAUAAAAGUCCGAAAAGUAAUGUGAUCUAUGUGUCUUUUGAGCAUUAACCAUUCACUUGGUAAAUUACAUGAUAUAUUUCAAAUACAUGGUAAAUAUCGAUAAACAGCUGAAUAACGUUAUGUUUUUAGUGUUUCGUACUUCAAAAGGAAAAACGGAAACCUUAUAGGAUGGAUCACUUUGUUGUCCGUCCGUCUGUCUCUCAAGACCCUUUUUCUGAGGAUUCGUGAAGGUAUCAAGCUGAAGUUAAUAUCAAAUACUUAGGUCUACUGCCCCUUUAAGCUGUGAAAAAAUUUGGUACGAAGUAACCUCUUGUAGCACAGCUAAAGGAAAAAAUGUGAAAACCGUAAAUUUUACUCUUAUGCCUUCAUGUUUGUACGGAACCUUCGGUGCGCGAGACCGACUCGCACUUGGACGGUUUUUUUUUUCAAUUAAUGAAAUGAUCUUUUUAUGAAUACAAUGUAUAAUGUGAAUCUGCUGUUCAUUGACAUUUACCACGUAUUUAAGUCUUGAGAUUUAUCCAGUGAAUGGUGUAAAAUGCUCGAAAUAAACCAACAUCGCAUAAACUUGUAGGGCCUUUACCAUAACUAGUUAAUGAAUUUUAUGUUUUACCGGUAAAUCUUAGGAUUUAUUAGUACAUCUAAGUUCGUGCUUUUAUUGUCAUAUUCAUUUCUAAUACAUGAAUAGUUAAAUCUUUAGUACUACAUAAAGCUA